AACAAACAAACUGAUCCACCAAAACAUGAAGAGCCAGCAGCAUGUCGUCCUCGCUGCUCUCAUCGUCGUCGUCGUCGCCACCAUAUUGGUGCAGACGACGCCGCCGCCGCGUGGUGCGGAGGCGGCCAUUAUUCCGGGUAAUGUUAGCGCCCCCAACGCCGUCGUCUUCGGCGUAGUGCCAUGCAGCACCGGGAGCUCCAUCAACGUGGCCACCGCCCCGCCGUUCCCAAACGCCAGCCUACAGCUGCAGUGCGGCGCCGCCUCCCUUGCUGGCAACGUGAGUGGACGCGCGACGACGGCAGACAGCCGCGGCAACUUCCUCGUCGGCGUGGGCGUCAUCCGCAACGCCAACAGCAGCGGCGGGGCGGUGCUCUCGCUCUCCUCCAUGCUGCUGGGCAACCAGUGCAGCGUGGUGGUCACCACCCCGCUGGCCGCCUGCAACGUGUCCCUGGCCGGCGCCAAUAAUGGCACGCUCAGCGCGCCGGUUCGGGUCGUCGGCGGCGGGCCGCUCCUCGGCGGACUGCUCGGUCUGGCCGCCGGGCCCUUCUCCUUCUCAUUCUCGAACCGAAGCUCUUCUCCUCUAGGUCGUCGUAGGAUGAUGGGGUCGUAGGACGAUGGGAUGUGAUCUCCAACAAAUAAAAGGAACUACUGCGACUACGAGGGAGGGAGUCUAUAGAUGCAUGGAAUAAAUUAAACAAAUGAUGAUAUGUGUACCGUGUGUUGUGUUGUGUUAUCAUAUCACGUAAUUAUACGUAUAUAUAUACCUGUACCGUGCGUUGUAUUAUGGUACUAAUAAUAAGCACGUACGUAUAACAUGCUUCUCUGCAACGCAC